AUGCCCCUCGUCUCUCCAACAAGAUACAACAUUCAGGAGGCUUACGAAAUGCCAGCCGACAAUAAAAAAGUGAUGCUAAAAAUCGACGACGUUCAUCUUCACUCGUGCGGCGUGUUCAGCAACGUCUACAAAGGAGACCUUCGUGAGCCAUAUGCAAAGAAGAUUGCCAUUAAGAAGAGUUGGCCGGAAAAAGGAGAGCGAAACUUUGAGUUCAUUUUUUUGACUGGACGCGAGCGGAGCAAACACAAGAAUGUGAUUCAGAUGAUUUUUGCAUUUAGUCACAAUUAUGAUAAUAAGGUUUGUGAAUCGUAUGUUUUCGACUACAUGCCAAAUACACUCGCCGAAGUCAUACGUCAGAAGCUGACUGAUAUUGAUAUCCGUCUCUAUACAUGGCAGAUGUUCGCUGGAUUGAAAUAUCUAGAGGAGCACAAAGUGGUUCAUCGAGACUUGAAACCAGUCAACAUUCUUGUGGAUCAUGAUACUGCGCUUCUCAAAAUCAGUGACUUUGGAUCUGCGAAAAUCAUCGUGAAGGGAAAAGCCAACAACUUCUAUCAAGUCACCAGAUUCUACAGACCACCUGAAUUGCUCCAGAAGGCCAUGGAAUAUUCGGCAACAGUUGAUGCUUGGUCAGCAGGUUGCAUUCUGGCGGAAAUGGUGAAGCGUCAUGUGGUUUUUCCUGGACGGGAUAGUACUCAUCAGAUGAAAUUGUAUUGUCGUUGUUUUGGAGCACCAAAUGAGCAGGAGAUCAAGGCCAUGAAAGGAGAAAGACUGGACCAGGAAUUUUGGAAAUUCACGAAAGGAUAUGGAUUGCAAAGGCUUGUCACCGAAAUUACACCAGAACAGCUCCAGUUUUUGAAACGCAUCCUGGUGUACACUCCAGAAAAACGUCUUCGCGGAAAAGAACUUCUCCAGGAUCCGUUCUUCCGACCAUUGUUCAAGGCGGGUGCUGUUCGUCAAAAUGGACAAAAAAUUUCAGAAGUGAUCACACAGGCAGAUUACAAAAAAGCUUGCGAAAACGAAGAUGCCUCAGCCUGCCGUCUCGCACAACUCGCCAAGACUGACACCAAAGAUCAAGGAAUUCCAAACUGUGAGAAGAGUAAUUCCUACGAGAAUGUCGUUACCAGAAGAUCCACUCUCAUUCCGAAAGAACAAAAAAUGGCUCGUGAGGUCAAGUCGAAAGAAGACAAUUCGAACGAUGAUCGCCGCCUUGGAUCGAGUGAGGAUCGCAAAUCAGAGAACGAGGCCAAGAAGAAGCGAUCUACAGAAGUGGCAUCGGCUGGAAGGCGUAGUGAUCAGAGCAGUAGUACUGGUGUCGGGAAAAAGUCGGUGAUGAAGUCAUUGAUGCAACAUAUCACAUCUCGUCACCAUGAUGCCCAUCAGGAAUGA